UGGUUGGCUCAUGCAUUUGUAUGUUACCGAGCCCAAAAUCAAAUCCGGGAUAAAAGAUCAGAAUUUAUUAUUGCUAACAUUAAUAAGGUAUUCUGACUAAAAAAUUGGUAAAACUACAAAAUCAGUGAAGUUGUGUGAUAAAUUUCGGCCAAUUCAAAAUUGUGUUUAUUUUAAUGUAGAUAACUUACGCUUAUACAUUAGUUUACGUGAACAUUAUUUAGGCAAUACAGUAACGAUGUUCAAGAGUUCGUUGUUGUCGGUGUUCGUCUGUUUGAUUGUGGGAAUUUCUGUUAAAGCAUGCGAUGACAAGGACAGUAAUUGUCCGACCUGGAAGACGUUUUGCGGAAGCAACGAUUAUGUGGACAAAAAUUGCAAAAAAACUUGUGAAACCUGCCCAACAGGUGGCUCAUGUGUUGACAAAGACGAUAAAUGUCCCGCAUGGAAAUUGUUUUGCGGAAGUGGUAACGUUUACGUAGACACUAAUUGUAAAAAGACAUGCGAUGCCUGUCCAACAACUGGAGGAGGUGGUGGGGAAGGCGGAGGGGGAGGAGGUGGAAGUAACACGUGGUCUGUAUGCUCAAAAACAUGCGGUAUGGGAACGAGGUUUAAAGAGACGUGUCAAAGCGGCAGUUGUUCAAAAGAAUGGGAAGCAUGCGAGAUACAAGACUGCCCAGAAGCAUCUUGCUCCGGUUAUAAUGAAAGACAACGAAAUGGAAUGCCGCAUGCCUGCUGCACCCAGGAAACAUAUCCACCUGGGUGUGGAGAACAAUUCACCAACACACAAAGGGUGGUAGAGGGAGAUCCUGCAAUAUUCAAAAAAUAUCCUUGGAUUGUGGCAAUCAAUGCAACUGGAGCCUCCAUUUCAAACGAACAUUACUGCGCUGGAGCCUUAGUGUCUAUGAAGCACGUUGUUACAGCAGCCCAUUGUCUUGCAAAUCCGGAGACCGGAAUAGCAUAUCCUUUAAAUUCGUUUGUGCUGAGUUUUGGACUCCUACGACUAAAUGAUUCUCCAAUGGCUACCAGAACGGUAAAGAAGGUUUAUUUCAGGCCACUAACAACAAAUAAUAAUAAUGGCAAAGUAUUCGACUAUCCUCGUGAUGAUAUAGCCGUUAUAGAGCUUUCGCAACCGCUGAGAACAUCCUCCAAUAUUUAUCCCAUCUGUCUUCCGCAUGGGGAAAUCACUCCUAAAGAUACAACAGGAUUUGUUGCAGGCUGGGGAAUAAAUUCGGCGAAUGGAAUGCUCAGCCUAACUCAUUUACAGGAAGCUGCUGUUCAAAAUUUGGAUGUUGACAUUUGUCGUGCUGGUUAUGCAAAAUAUAGCUCAUCAAUGCCUAAUGAAGCCAGUUUUGCGAAAACCAGUAAUGAUAUAUUGUGUGCGGGAAGCAUCCAUAAAAUAGUAAAUACUUGUCGGGGUGACAGUGGCGGACCUUUGAUGUUCCAAAGAUGUCAAAACUGUGGUUGGUAUUUGGCUGGAAUUGUGUCAUUUGGUCUUCCGGAUUGCACAAAAAAAGUACCCGGCGCUUACACAAAAGUUCUGAACUACGAGGAUUGGAUAAGAGGAAUUAUUAAGGAACAACCUGAUAGUUUUUAUUGUUCUAGAAAUGUCGGACCUUAAAAUUUUAUCUUAGCUUACAUUCAAUAAUCUAGAUAUUAUUUGAGGCUUCUUUGUAAUAGUACUAAUUAUAAUAUUUUCAUGAUAUCUCGGAAUAAAGAUCCCACAUCACCAAUAACUUUACUAUGCGCAUAUAUAUAUAUACCUAUACAAUAGUUAGGAAUUAUGUAAUACAUCGAAAACAGCUACACAUAGUCGAUAGAUGGUAAU